AAAAGAAGGAUAUAAAUCGUAAAUUUUGCCUUAAGCGGCAGGAUUGUACUCUUCGUUUUGUGUACCACCUGUAUGAGUACAUGUGAUACGUUUUUCAUUUCUAAUCCUCCUCGGGGUGGUUCUCUGUCUGCUGUUUACAUCAGACCCAGGAUUGCUUUUGAGAGGCAGAAAUAAUGUAUGUUUCUUCUUGUGUUCAUAGCUGUAAUUGUAACCAAAGGACAAAUAACUCAUUUUCAGCAUCAAGCCGAUGUGAUGGGACCAAGCAAGCCAGCUGUGUCUGAUGCUACGUUGGCAUUCACUACCCAGCUAUACAGGAAUGAAGCAAAGCCGUUACAAACACAGCUCCAGUUUAAUAGAAAUGUUCCUGCAGUUCCAGAGAACCUGACUCUCAGAUUCUCUAGCCCCCGUCCAAUUAUAAUAGAAAAACUGAAGGCAUCCAAUGAUCAGAGAAAUCAACCUGGAAGCAGGGACCCCAGCAUAAAGAGCUCUAGCAUGUUUUCAGUUAUAUCUGAAGAGAGACUAAAAUUGGCUGUUCAGCUAGCCAAAAGGGACAUAAAACGAAGACAUUUUGAAGAGCAAGUGAAACAGCAAGUGUUUGGAGAUGCUGUCAAUAAACCCGUGUCGGCCCAGAAGUCACAACAGCAAAAGACUGAAGUAUUUGAAAAGAAAAAUGCACUGAAGUCUCAAACUCACUUGAAAUAUCAGCAGAAGCUCAGUCAGCCUUCCAAAGUGGAGACUACCACCUCUGGUGCUAAAGUUUAUCUUUACACAGCAACUGAGGGAAAGCUCAUACCAGCUGGUUCGGGCUCUCCACCCACCUGUGACACAGGACCAGACCCUAAGCCAAAUGCAAACAAAAAAGAAGAUAAAAAUGUGCGGGAAGUCCAACGUCUGCAAAAGGAAUUGAGGAGCUAUGUCCAGAAGAUUGAAGAACUGACUAAAAAAGGGAGAGAGAGAGAAAUUUUAGAUCCUGAUAAAGAGCAACAAGUUUGCACUAGGAGAGAGAAACAAGCUGCACGGUCAGCUCGGAUGCUGUACGUACUCCAGCAACAGGUAAAAGAAAUUCAAGAUGAUUUAGAGAAACUAACUCCUAAUAAAAUCAAACAUACUAAAAAGUCUCGAGCAGUAUCCAGGUUGGCAGCAGCACACAGAGGAGCCGUGCGAGCCUUGCAGGUGUUUGCCAACCAGUUUAUGGAUCAGACGGAGCAACAGAUCCCGACCCACUACAAGGAACUGGGCAGCCUCAUUCGACAACUGUCUCUCUGUUCUGCCAAACUAGAAGUGGAUUCUUCCAUUUCUGACAUUAUCAUAGAUAUUUUGCUUCAAGUUGAGGAUCUGGAUUCACUGCUGGAAAAGAAACAAACACCCAAAAAAGUGAAGAAAUGUAUUUCUGCAUCUCAGGGCAAAUCUCGAAGGAACACUGAGGCAUUUCCAACCAGAAAACAGCUUACAUCUCCAAAAGCGGAAAACAAAGCUCUCAUCUUAAAGGGACGGCUUGGACAAGAAUGUAAAAAACCUCCCUCUGCCAGGAAUCUCUUGACUGCAGUUCAGCAGGCAAACAGUUGUGCUCAUAUAUUGCACAAUAAAUUCCAAGAAGAAGAUGACCCACCUACUCCAGAGAGAAACGUUGCUUUACAAGGAAGCAUGGAUGCACUGGCAAGAGCUGGAGCUGUAAGAAAAGAUCGCAUCCCUGAAAGCAGCCCUUUUAAGAAGAAAGGCAUGUUACUACCUGCAAAAUCACAGGGAAUACUGAAAUCUCUAAAAUCAAGACAGGUACAGCCUCAAGGAAAGCGUGCCCGAUUUCAAGAGACAACUAUAGCUUUCCAGCUGAAACAGAACAAACGACUUCAGGAGAGCAGAAAGCCCCACGUGUCCCCGGCCCCGGCAUCUCUGCCUGCUCCACCCCAGAGACUAGCAGGGCUUGAAGCUGAAACUUCAAGAGGUGUGAAGGAUCUAACUGACUGCAGCAGAGAAGAAAUGAAAAAAAUGCAAAAGUUAAGGUCACGAAGUGCUUCUCCCACCUUGCGUGCAACUGGAGUCGAGACGGCAGGACAGGAGUGCUCAGAACCUCCCGCAGACAGGACGCAGCAGGUUGCAGCAAAUGCAGAUACUCUGAGUGAAAAUGUAUUGGAUGAUCUGUUGGAAGAUGCUGCUCAGGAGCUGUGGGGUAUGGAGCAGCGUGAGAGACUGCAAACCCAGGCUCUGCCUGCAGCUGACACUCACACUCUGGAAUCGAUGUGGCAAAGAAUGGAAGAAAUUGAAAGACACCAGGAGGCUGUUCGCAGGAGAUUCACCCAGAUCGUGUACAGUGAUGCCGAGUGCUGGGCCCAGGAAGACAAAACGGAACAACAAAUGGCAUUGAUAGCUAAAAAACCUACAUCUCCUCAUCCAAUUCAGAUAACCAAAUUCAACGGAUGCACAGAGUCAGAAAUGGAAAUUUUAUUUGAAAAACUUUCUGAUGGCAAAGAUAUUGAUGAAAACAAAGAAGCAGAGGAGAAGUUGCAGACUGGAAAUGACAUUCUGCAGCCGCUGACUUGGAAUUCUCUACACAAAGAGUGCUGUGUGUCUCUCUCGGUGCCAAAGUAUAUGCUCCAGAGCAUCUUGGAUUAUAACAGCAGAUACGGGCAUCACUUAAAGCUUAUUUCCCAUGAGGCCGUAGGCAGUUUCGAUCCAUGGCAGAUUGCUGAGAGCCUGGCAGAGCAGCUGGCAGAAGAAGCCCUGUGUGCCGUGGCAGCUGAGCUGCAGGAUGUUUGCGAGGACUAUGCAGAAGCCGUGUUCACAUCAGAGUUUCUGCAGCCAGCGCAGUAAAUGCUUUCAAAUCUGCCCCAUUAUUAAACACAACAUCAGCCUCAGUCUAACAGUCUUAUCAGAUGAUCUAAUUUUUCAUGGUUUUUUAUAAGUCCGUGAGAUUCUGUUCAGCAAAUGAAUUCAGCCCAUCAAGGAUUCAUCUUACCUUUUAAAACAAUCAUCAUAAUGUUUCUCUUUCCAGUCUUUAUUAUACUGCAUUUCUCAGAACUUAACUUUUAGCCAGUGUUUCAAUAGAAUGAAGCAAACUGUUAUAGGUAAAGUUUACAUAAUUUGACAGGAAUACCAAUCCAUUUGUAUACAUGUAUUACUUCAUUUUUAUGUGUGAUCUUCUCACUAGAAUAGUCUUGGGAGAAGGACUGGGCUCAAGCAGUGUCACAGACUUACCUCUCCUGCGCCUCAGUUUUCUGCUUUAAAAUGAGGAGACUCUGACUGACUUACCUCAUAAGGCAGCAAUGGGUUUUUGUUUAUUCUUCUCAGUAAAGUGAAUGUAUCUGACACUUGUGUCGGAAGAAUGAAUUGUUACUUGUAUUGCUCCGAGGUGGAGCACUCCAGAGCAGAAGCUGGUUGAUUUGGUGUCAGGUGAAAGGAUGUUGCCUGACCCCACUGCUCAGCACCUUUCCUGGGAUGGGUUCUGUUGGGCCUGUCCAAAGGGAGGAUUCUCACGGCGCGGCACUGGCUGUUCCUACAGCCUGGGCUCUUGCAAUCAUCUUCUGAACGUCCCACCUCUUCUGCUGACUUCCCAAUGUCACCAGUGCGUUAUGCACAGACAAAUGAGAUCUUUCAAUAGAAGCACAUGACGGUGAUUUUCUCCCUUUUUCUUAAGCUAGUCUAAAAUACUAUAAUUUUAUCAGCGUUUAGUGAUCCAACCCCACAUUCUGUAGUCUUAAGAAUCCCAUUGACAUUAAGAAUAAGAAAAUGAAUGAACAAUUGGUGUUUUUGCAAUAUUGAAUUAACUUGUCUGUUUCAAGUGAUCAAUGUACUGGUUUGGGUUAUGUCUGCAGGAAGCAAUGAACAAUGAUUGGGGAAAUGCGAAUUUAACCCUUGAGGUAACCCAAAACCCAAUAUGACAAUCUAUUUUCUUUGAUAAAUUUCAUUUCUCCAGUAGUGUUCAACCUAUAACAGCAUAAUUUUUAACCACCUAAAAUUACUUAUAGUUCCUCUAAUUAGAACACACAUUUUAAAAAUAAUUUUGUUUGUACUGAAGCCUGGUUUACUGUUUUGCUUGUCUGUCAUUUACAUCAACUGCAAUGAUGUAAAUGGUACUGCUGAUGUGUUAUUUCUGUAAUUUAAAGCACAAUCUUUUAUUUCUAACAUUAUAGAGAUAAGCCUAUUUUUAAAUCCAAAAGAUUAAAGCCAUAUUGUCUCUAUGUAUGUGUAUAUAUGCUUCUGAAAAUAUUCAAGACAUUUUAUUUCGUAAUAAACGACACUUGUUUCUUAGGACUCAACGUAGUUUUAAUGUAAGAUAAUUUCCAUGGGAGCCCCUUUGGAAUUGUCGGCACUGACACCAGGGGAUCACCCGGCAGCGUCACAAGAGCCAGACACCGCCUGCCUCGAAUUAAUGUGGUCAUCUGCCAAGCUUUCUGCAUAUCCUGCUCCUCUGUGGACUGCCGGGCACCGCUACUGGGUACGGUAAUUCCCUCGGGGUACUCAGAAUGGGCUGGAAUCUUGUGUUCUGUUCCCUUUGCUCUCAGGGCACACGUUGUCUUAGCUGUUACACCUGAUGGAGUAUCAUAGAAUGUUUAUUUGUGUGGGCAGAUUAUUUUAAAAUAGAGGAGGUGCAAUGAACAAGGGAGGGGGUUGGAAAUUGCAGUGAGCUUGACAAGGAAAACCAAGGUCUCAUUAGUCUGUCCCGCAUGCUGACAGCUGAAGGGAAAACUGGGUGUUUCUAGAAAUACGUGCUAACUCUUGGGCUGAUUUCUUUUUCGUAUUGUUGUUAACUAGAUCUUGAUUUAAAUUGAUAGAAAAGAUGUACCUCAAGCUAUUCAAGAUGCCUCUGAAGUUUACUUCCUCAUUGACAUGAAAGCAGUGCUAAUCAGUUAUCACACAGUUACAGCAGCUUGAGUUCUUACUCUGUGAUGCUCUUGUCUCAGAGCAAAUGGCAGUCAGUGAAGUUAUCCUGAUCAAACUGCAGAGCAAGAGAACAAUCUGUGUUGAUGAAGUCAUGGGCAGAAAAUGCUGAUUUUUUGAAAUUCAAUUGCAAUUCUUUGUCUUCAGGGAAGUUUUGCUCAGCCUUCUAAUGAGUAGAACAAAAGCUUGAGACAUCUUACUUGCAUCUGCCUGAUAGAAAUUAAGCAAUCCCAAAUUUCCGCAGGCUAUAACCUCUCUUGGGAAUCUGAGUCUUAUUUAUUUAUUGCACUGAUUUAUUUUUUUAUCUUUUUCUUCUCUGAGUCAAACAUGAGAAUAGCAACGUGAUGAAGGUUCCUGUCUGGAGAGUCGGUCUGUAGCUGUUCCAGUGAAGUCUCGGCAGGGACAAGCUCCUGCAAUUUCAGUUGGAGUUUAGUGCUCAGCAAUUGUCAGGAUUUGGUCUCCAGUUUGGGGCAACCUGCAGAGAACCUGGUCUUUGUAUUGGCAGUUCUGUGGGUCACACCAGUGCUGACAACUGAGUGAAAGCUCGUUCGCGGUCAAGGAGUUUUCACUGGAAAUUUCAUUCCUCUCUGAGGCUUGUAAAUGUGGCUGAAAUUCUAAAGGAAAGAUUACACUCUCUAUAAUGUCUGGGAAUUCUUGGGUAAAGAAGUUCAUUCUGAAUAUGAAACUACGUGGCACCAACUAAAUUAAAAGUAAGGCUGCUGCUGCCUUCCCCCCACCCUCUGGCUUUCUUCUCCUGCUGCUGCGCCCAGUCUGAGCGCUUGGGCUGAGUUAAAACCAGCCAAACAGAACUGGGUGAGCAGGAAGGAGAUAGAGAACAAGUAAUCUUCUUUAAAGGGAAAGAAAGAUCAGAGUGGUUGCUUCUGUUGUCAAGACUUCCAGUGUGGAUUUCUGACCACCUCAGGAGCACAUGCUUAACGAUUAUUAUAUCAGCAGGAGGGGGCACCAUUGGUGUCAGUUAUUAAUAAACCUCAAAAAUGCACAUCCUGA